AUGUCUACAGUUUCCAUGGAUGGUAGCGAAUGGUCAGGGAUAAAUCAAUAUCAAUCCAGCGGUAGAUCAGAACCUGCCCUAUCACCCAAUCCUCUCAAGAACAGAGGCAACCUUCCGACCCCGCCUGCCUCCGGCAGUUUGAUGUUCAAUGCGCUUGGGUCAAAUCCGCCUGAUGCCAAUGGUUUAGCUCCUCCAAUGCGUCCGAAUGGCACACCGGGUAAUCCCUCCCCGCCUAGCUCCGUGGUAUCGGCUCCCAGAUCGCGAGCAAGUGACGGAACACUGUCGGACCCAAAUAGUCGGAGAUAUAGGCACAUGGAGGAAUUGCUCACGCAGCACCACACGUAUCUGAAGAGAUUUUUUAAUACAACUAGGGAUAAUGACGAGAAUAGUCAAAAUGAAGAUGGCACACCGAAUGACCCUAAUAGCAAAAGAGCCAAUCGGGCGCUUGGAAAAUUAUUGCGCCUGUCACCUGUCCAAUUUCUCGAACUGAGUACCGAUGUUUUCGAUGAGCUCCAGCGGCGCCAGGCUCUUGAAAGACCGGUUCCACCAGGAUCGCAGCGGCCCGACGUCCCACCCCACCUACUUCCUCGUCCAGAUUUCCAUGAAAAACAUAAUUCCGCGCGUCGAAAACUGUCCACAUUGCACCCACAGAGGUUUAGGGAACUGACUAUGGAUGUGUUUGCCGAACAAGAAAGAAGGUUUCCGCAAUUGUCCUCUGUAGAUGUGACUCGAAUAGGGAGCCCAGCCCCCAGUAUCCGAAGCCGUUAUGGACCUGGCGCAGGCCCAGAACAGCCGCCGCGCUCGUCAUCAAGGGGGCCUCCUCCUGGUCCUGGUGGCAGGGGUUAUCCACCCGGUCCUCCUAUGCCACCCAAUGGCCGAUUUCCUCCUAGACAAGGCUCCCUCAGUGCUGCUCCUCCAGCUGGUUUAGGAAUAAAUGGCGAAACAAUCCCAGAAAAUGCACCAUAUCAAAAAUCUUUCCAAAGUAAUACUAUUGUACCGAACAAGAGUACGCUUGUUGAAGAUGACGAGAGCCUUAGUGAGGAGGAUAACAGAAGAAGCGACGCAUUUGCUUUAGAUAGAGUUCUUGAGAGCAGGAGAGGUACCGCGGCUACCCUUGUGGGAGGACCGUUAGAACGCCAGAAUACCAAAGAAUUACUAGACUCUGAGACCAAGGUAAAAGCAUUACAAUCCAAAGUGACGGGACUAGAGGCGCUUUUAAAGGAGAAGGAUGGAGAAAUAAAAGGCCUUCAGGAGGCCGAGAACGAGCUCAAGGCAUUAAGAACACAAAAACAGAAUUGGCGAUCCCUUGAAGAUGAACUCACGAAAAAAUUAACAGACGCCCAGAAUGCGAACAAGUCUCUUCGCGAAGAUCUUGAUGAUGCCCGACGUCAACACGAUAUAGUAGAGAGGGAGAUGCAAGAGCAUUUAGAGCAGAUACAGCUCGAGAAGCAGCAAGUACCUUCGAUAGGUGUCACGACUUCAGACGGCGAAGAUUGGAAAAUCAGGUUUGAAGAAUUAAGCCGAGAACAUCAGUUUCUCAAAGAUGAGUUUGAACAGCAACAAGCAGUUACCGAGCAAGUACGAGAGCAAGCUCUGGGGUCACUAGAAGAGAUGAGAAUUCUUGCAAGUGAAUCCAAUUGGGAAAGGGAAGAGUCUUUGACUCGAGAAAUUCACCGAUUAGAUGGCGAAGUGAAGCACUGGAAGAACAGAUACGCAAAGAUAAAAACGCAGCAGCGUCACUUGCGGUCAUCUUCGCUUGGUUUGCCUGCGCAGACCCAAGACGCGUCCGUAUUUGCGAAGGAGCACAACUUAACGCAGCCGGAUGGGUUAAUAAAAGAUGUGCAUAUCACGAAGUUCCAGAUAGCAAUCGACGAGCUAUUACGGAUUGCACGGUUAGAUGAUCCGCAGCUGGUUCUGGAGCAGAUGAAAGCUGUUGUCGUCUCCGUGAGACUUAUCAGCCGGGAUAUCGAAAGGAUGCAAAGUAAAAGCGAUGACUAUGCGCAACCUCGUAACAGAGCGAAGUCUAGGGUAUCAGCUACUGCCAACAAUUUGAUAACAGCCUCGAAGAAUUUUGCGAAUUCUCAUGGCCUUUCGCCUGUAUCACUGCUUGAUGCCGCAGCUUCCCAUCUCACAGCGGCUAUUGUUGAGCUUAUCCGCCAUGUCAAAAUUCGGCCUUCACCCGAGAAUGAAUUGGAUGAAGAUGAUGAUCUAGACAAUCUUGUUCCCAUGCAGUCUCCAGGUUAUUUCAGCGUUGCCCCGAGUCAAAGUAGACUUAGCGAAAAUGAGUCAGUUUACAGUGCCAUCAGCACUCCUUCUAUGCGGUCGCGGAGUCAGACAUACUCCCGCAUUCCAGGCACAAGAAAUGCUCGCACAAGCGGCCAGAGCCUCGUUAUUGGUUCGAAGCUCGGGGCUCCACGUGGACCUGACCGGGAAUUGGAAGGGCUUCGCUUAUAUCUUGAAGAUCAGACGGAGGGUCUCGUACAGUCCAUCCAGGCACUGGUGGCCAGCAUCCGCGCCGAGGACCAUAUCUCGAUUGUGAAGACACACGUCACAUCUAUUUCUAACGUAGUCGGAAACGUUGUUUCGUGCACGGAAGACGCCAUGGCCCAGGUAAAUGCCAACCCGAAUCUACGAGCCCGAGCGGGCCCAGUGGUCGAAAUUCUCUCGGCUUGUGCGAGUAAAUUAGCCGAUGCUGGCCAGGCCGGAAGCCAGCUGAGUGACCCGGAACGGAUCCAAGAACUAACGGCCAAGCUACCGCCGAUCGCUUUCCAAAUUGCGCGUGAAACGAAGGAGCUCGUGCAACGAGUGGAUCAGCUAGAGAUGGAAAGCCGGGAUGAUGAUGAUUUCAGAUGA